AUGCAUGGGAGAAGAGCUUUAGUCACUUUCGCAUUUGCGUUUAUAAUACGCAUUCAUAUGAUAUUGUGUGUAGAAGAGGCAGAUAUAGAUAAAAAGAUUCUUGACAACCUUCCAAACACAAAUAGCACAGAAGAGCCAUUCUUUCUAAAGAUAAACAAUUCUCUUACUGCAGAUGUGAAUGAUGUUUUGGCAAAUCAGAAACACAUAGACAAAACCCCAUUUUUAAUACACGUUACAAAUGUAUCUAAGAAGCUGUUUGCUGCUGUUGAUAAGAUGCGCACAGAAAAUCUAUCCAAACCAUGCAUAGCAUAUAUAGAUACUCCUAGCAAGAUUAUCUCGGGCACAUGGAAGAAGAAACUUCGGAACACCAUUACGCUCCGUGGUGUAGCCAUGCUCUCCAACAAAGUGAUUGUUAAACAUAAAAAUGGAAAAGACCAGCUAGUUGACUUAUGUGGUGUGCCAGAGGAGAAAGUAAUUGUUAUUGAGAAUGAAACUGCGGCAGACACAUCUGAAAAAGUAGAUGUUGCAUCUGAUAUAAAGAAAAAGAGCCUCUAUGUAGCAAAUAGUCCAUACUCUCUUCCAGAUGGAUUAUAUGUCCUAUACGCAGGUGCAAGCCUGCAUAUUAACGUGGAUAUAAAAAACAAGGCCAUUCAUAAGAUGUAUAUUCGCGCAGUCAAGGAAAGCCCAGAAAGAGACACCACUGGUCUUUGCAAGAGAGGCCCAUACAGCAGAAGAAUGUACGAAGCAUUUGCUGAAGUUUCUACAAUGAACAUUGCCUUAAGCAUUACAGACACUGACAUCUUCCAGAUCAAGCACGGAAAAUUGUUUGUACAAUCUGGUGGGAUUGAGAUGGAAGUAGAUCGAAAAACCAUGAGCAUUCAAAUUCAUGCCCAUACGCAUGCCUUCUAUCCGCUUGGCUUAGUAAAAGAAGUAAAGAAAAAAUGGAUGUUUAAAGAAUGCCUCAAUAAGUUCCGUGUGAACCAUCCUCUUCUUAAAUACGACAGCUCUGAAAUGGUAUAUCUAUACAACCGACCUCGAAGGCAUCUAGUAGAAUUAUUUGAGCCGCACACCCGGUCAAAGCAGUCACCUCUCAAGAGAGUUAUGAUAAGUGGGAUUUGGCGUCCUUCCGGCCUAGGCAUGGUAUCAAAUAGAUUUCUGCUUGAGCUUGCUGCAUACCAGGAUCUAUUUGUUAGAGCAGAUGCAUACAACCACUGGGAUAUCACCAGCCCCCGUGGAAUUAACUACUUCCUCGCUCAGCUCUACUUGCUGGAAAGUGGGCAAACAUCGAAAGCAAAAGCAAUGUAUCCAGAAGGAUCUUUCUCCACACCAGGGGUGGAAAUCCAAAAUAAAUUCCCUGCUAUUGCUCCUUUGGUGCGCAGUGGAUAUCCCCGAAUAUUCAUGCACUUGCCAUGGGAGUUUAGCCACAUUCCGCAUGCGUGGACAGAGCCCAUUCGAAAGGCAUCCUCUGUCCAGAUUCUGGUGCCUUCUGAAUUUGCCCAGAAGGUGCACAUGCGGGCAGACAUUUCAAAAAAAAGAAUUCACAUAAUACCGCACGGUGUUGCAUAUAAAUCUCAAAGAAACAUGUGGCUGCUGGAAAAAAACCAGAGCUCUAUGUCAAUAAAGUCUCUCUUUAAUGCACCUGAUGACUACGUUAGGUUUGUUAUGAUCAGCGGGUAUUUGAAGAGAAAGGGCAUUGACAUUGGAAUCCGUGCAUACACAAAAGCCUUUAAGCACUCCGACAAAGUGGUGCUUCGCGUGCACUGCGCAUAUGGAGACCGCCCUGUGUCAAAUUACCUGAAAACGCUUAUUCAAGAAAACAAGCGAAGGCGCGGCCCAAAAAUAAUAUACACUGAAGGAUAUAUGUCAGACAAAAAAAUACGUGGGCUUUUAAUGCACGCGCACUACAAUAUAGCCCCAUAUAGAGGUGAGGGCUUUGGCAUGAACAUUCUUGAUGGUGCUGCGCAUGGUGCUGUUCCCAUCGUAACCAAAACACAGCCCGCCACAGAGUUCUGCUCGAAAAAAGGAACAUUCUUUAUUCGAUGCAAGCCAUGCACUGUGACUGGCCUCCCUAUUAGAAAGUAUCUCACACACUAUACCAUGUUUGGCGCGCUGAUCAAAAAGCCCCCUACCUGGUAUAAUCCCAGUGAGAAGCACUUAGUAAAACUCCUACAGAAGGCAGCAAAGAUUGCGCAUUCUCCAGAGUAUACAAAAAUGAAGAAUGCUUCUGUUGAGAGCGCAUCCAAGCAAACCUGGACCUCUGUGAUUUCCCAGCUAAGAAAUUUACUUUUUUCGAAAGAAGUGAGUAAGCUUAGAAAAUCUUAG